AUGUCUUCCCCCCACACGGGCGAAUCCCUCUCCUCCAUGGCCGCACAGGGAACCUCCCUCCCCAACGAUGCAGGGGUGCAAACCACGAUCCCCUCGGUGCCACGCGAGGACCAGCGCGUCGAGUCCUCGCGAUACUCCUUCGAGGGUAUCGGGGCACCUUCUCUCGUCCGCGCGACGGACAAUGAUCUCGAUAUACCGCGGAGUACGCGCGACAGGGGUUCUUCGGGGGAGGUCGUGUCCGCUAUGACCGGGGAUACGAUGCCCGCCUCGGUGGAGGAGAAGAACCUUUCAGCGGAGGUGAUGGGGGAUCCUGGCGCUAAGGGGAGUCAGAGGAGUGUCAAGCAUGGGAAUAAGAAUCGGAGUGCUUUCGAUCGCUUCGCUGGUGAGGAUCGUGAUGCAGCGGAUAGGAUUGCAGAUAAGGAGCAGGGGGUUUAG